AUGAUACUCCAUAUCCAUACUCAUCUUUUCUCCCCACCAUUAAUCCACCACAGCUGUACCACCCACUCACUCUCUACAGUUCCAAAAAAGAGAAAAAUAAUGGAAGCCCUCUUGUCCGAAUUCACACUCCUCUCCGACCAAGCCCUCUGCGACAGGAGCUUCGAUCCGUCCACAAUCGAAGGCCUGAUGAGGCUCUUCGAGGUGGAGGCCUACAAGGAGUGGGCCCAGCUUGAGCUGGAGUGCCGCAACGAAGCUCAGAGCGCCGACGACUGCCUCGAGCAAGCCGAGGAAUACCUCGAAUCCGCAAUGGAGAGCGCCAUGGCCGAGUUCCGCCGCUUCGAGGAGGAGAUGAUUGAGACGUGCAAGGCCGAGCACGACAGCCUCGUCAGCCUCGCGGAUGCCGCCCGCAAAAUGGGCAACACUUUGGAGAAGGCAGCCAAUUUCGCCUCCAAAAAGUAUGUGGACGCCGCCGUCAAUUCCGCCGCGGCUUCCAUGAGAUCUGCCUUCAGAGCCGUCGUUUCCGCCGCCUCUAAAAAGGUUCAUCCUUCCUAGAUUUGUUUAUAUAUAUGUCAUUUGUUUUCGGAUUAGACUUUUAUAUAUGUGAAAUCUAAUUGUUUCAUCCAAAACUCAGAUCUUCUAUUUCAUAAUCUUCGCUGUUUGUUACGAGUAAUACUUCUUCGGUUCGGGAUUAAGUGUCACAUAUUUGAUGAAUUUUAAGAAAUUAUUUAACUCUAUAAAAUAAA